AACUAUCAGGCCUCGAUGCGCAUCUCAAACCUUCAAACCAGCAAGUUCUUAGGAUCAUUAGCAUUCUCCAGAUUAGCCUUCUGUCUCAUUUCAUCAAGCCCUGACGUGUACGACGAGACACUGCUCCUUCGGCCUCUGCCUGAUGGCAAACUACACGCCCGUUUCAACUUCAGCCUCCAAUCAUCACUUCCAACUACACCUGCCCACCUGCUUUCGGUGAUUAACGAUACCUUCACCCAAUCCAACAUCCGACUUAGAGAAUCGGAUCUGAUUCCACCUUCAUUCUCAGAGCUUAUCCAUCAAUUUUCAAUCGCUGAAUUUGGCCUCUCACUAAGUAGAGGCAGGUGGGACGAUACCAGGUGGGCGAAACCGACCUCUGUCGCUCACCCCAUUGAUCGUAAACCACGAGGCGCUCAGGUUUGGGCUUGGCUUGAUCGACCAGAACCCAAAGCAUCAAGCUUCAACGAAUUGAACCAUGACAUGCAACAUGCAAGCAGUAUUGAUAAUAAUUGGGCAGGGUUAACGAAUACAUUGGCUGGUUUAUUCUGCGCCUCUCUUGGUCAGCUUUCUCAACCGGCUCACAUCACUCGGCCACCUCCAUCACUAUUCCCAAGGCGAAAUCAGGAACGUUUUAGGACUGAUACUGGAGAGGAGAUUGAAGCCGAACUUUUUCAUGGAUUACUGCCGCUAGAGCAACCAUGUACUGAAAACCUGUCACCUGUCUUGCGAUUAUUGCCCUGUAAAGGCCACGCUGGUUUAUCCAUGCUCAUAAAUCCUCAUAGACUUUUUGAAGCACAUUGGCAAUCAAUUGCGGUAGAGCUUAGAAAGGGUACAGGAGAUGGACAAGCAGGGAUGCAAUUAGAAUUGAUCAUCGAAUCUGUUUUAGAUCCUGAACCUCAUCUCCGUGCUUCUGUGAUUUGUCUUGAAUUAGAUUGGUCCCUUAAGUCUACUUUUGAUCGAUCGGUGGAAAGAGUCUGCCCAGUCGCUCGUUCAAGUAAAAUCAUUGUCGUUGAUGACCCUGCUGCAGUUGUUGAACCGAGAGCUGAAGCUGAUGGAUUACCGAUCAAUGGUCUUCAUUCCUUCGAUUUGAUGAAAGCUUCAAGCUAUGCUCCUUCAUUAGUCUCAAUUGAGCGAUUUUGGUCCGGUGCAGGUCAAGCAGAUGGGCGAUUAGGAGUCGAGAUCAGGAAUAAUGCCAAUCAAGCUAUCGAGGCUGUUUAUAUUGAGCAAUUACCUUGGUGGAUCAAUGCUUACAUUCAUACACUCACUACCACAAUCGACGAAAAGAAAGCAGAUCAAAUCGUGAUCAAAAAACACAUCACACCAUCACGAGCACGACAACGUCCACUGACUCUAUCCUUGACCCUGAGAUUACCACCUAAGAGUUGUGUAAGGAUUGACUUUGAGUACACCAAGUCCUUAUUACUUUACACUGAAUAUGCAUCAGAUGCCAAUCGUGGAUUUGACCUGCCUCCGGCAGUUUUACUGAUCUCUAAGACUGGUGAAAGAUUUUGGACUACGGCUGGUUUGAUUUAUCUAGCUACGCCUGAUUUCUCGAUGCCUUAUAAUGUGAUCAUUGUUACUUCCACUGUGAUGGCUUUAUUCUUUGGAUCUGUCUUCAAUCUAUUGGUUCGAGAAUUCAAGCUUGUGAAGUUGCCAAAACAAAAGAGUAGGGGUUGAAUGGAUUAGAAAUCUCAGGGGCACAUCGUUGACUGUACGUAGAUGUUUUGGAAAGUUCAGGAUGAUGUCAACGAUCUCAUGAUGAUUUGAGGGUUUGAAGAUCUACAAUGUACUAAAUUUGCAAAUGUUCGUCCAGUAUUGCUACUCAACAUCCAGACUUGGAAGUGUCAAUAUGAUAUGUAUCAAUAGUAACAUCAAGUUUCAAGAGUUUGUGAGUAUGAGGGAUUGAGAUCCAAGGUUUCAUCAUUAAUCUGUUCACCUUGAUCACCAUUCUCAAGAUCAUCCUUCUCCGUCUAUUUUCUGGAAAUUUCUUGUCUCAUAAUAUAACCCUUUCAGGUAGGAUGCGCUGUUUUCUAUGUUUUGACAUAUGGUGUAUCACAAUCUUGUGCCUCAGUCCAUGUGUGCGCUUUAUUCAAUAACUACAUAGCACUGAUUC